CGUCUGUGCUGCUAAUGAGCAUACUGACGAUGAAUAUCGAGCCAACCUUCCACAUGUGUAGAGAAACGCGAGCCGCGAGCCUCUCAUGUCUGAUGGCGGGGGUCGAUCCUAUAUAAUGGAGGGUCAGGUUCGCUCGCACAGCGGUGAGCCUUGCGCCUUCCACAUUAUACCAAGCAAAAGCGCAUCUAAAGAAUGGCGAAGAUUCUACGCGUUGCAUUUGCGGAGCUGGCGCUUGCCCAUAUUGCUCGAUCAUACCUUAUCCCUUUGGCUUCGCACACCGCAUUCAUUGAGGAUGCACCUGAUGUUGAUGGCUGGACUCCACGACCAACACAGGCGCCUUAUGCCCAAUAUUUCGAACUAAGCGAUCACCGCAAUCUCUUGGCCCGACAAGCUGGUCUCGCAACUUGCGGUUACCUUGCCGGAAAUGCGUCGCUUCCCAUCACCUGUGACGCUGGUUACGGGUGUGGCUACAACUCGCCAGUUCCAUACGGCCCGAUAUGCUGUUCCACUAACGCAGCUGGAAACUUCGUUUCCAAUUGCCCAUACCCAUCGUCGUGUGUUGACUAUGCAAAUCCACUCAACACCUUUUUAGUUGAAACCACGUCCAAUGGCCAGCUUUGGUGUCCCUCGUCACUUCCGUACUGCUCAACAGCUUAUGAGCCCAUGGCCACCACCUACUUCCUCUACUGGUGCGCAUCGGCUUCUGGCGCAGCAGCAUUAACAAUUCUUCCGUCUACCACUGCCGUCGCUACGGGCCAUCCAACAUCUCUUAGCUCACCACGAAGCUCGACGGUUGUGUCAAGCACUUCAUCGACUCCUAUUGUCCGGUCAAGCACGACGUUGUCCAUAACCAGUUCGUCAAGCCCAGUAGUGGUCCUGCCAUCGUCCUCUCAUGGGACGUCUCCAACGCCGCCGCCGACGCCGACGCCGACGCCAAAUCCGACUAAUGCAGGUGCUAUCGCUGGUGGUGUGGUUGGUGGAGUCGCUGCAGUCGGCAUUAUUGCUGCUAUCGCUGUGGUCGCCUUCUUAAAGAAGAAGAAGAAGAACGAACGUGAGAAAGCUAAUGUGCCUGAGGUCAGCCAAGCCAAUAUCUAAUCCUUUCCUAAUUGGCUGGUGAAAGCUGGGCAGCUGGUGCACGUUGACCAAUUUGGCUACUGCUCAGCAACGCAUCGCGAGAGAAAGGCAACGAGUUCUGCUUACAC